UAUACAGUAUAUAUAUUAAGCCGUAAUCUAUGGUUUGAUAUGUAUGUCAAUGUUGUGAACAUUAAAUGCAUUUGUGUUUUGAGUGACAAAUAGCGAGCAAUAAAAACAUUGAUUUAAAACCAUUGAUGAUAUGUUUGACAUUAAUUGUGAUCACAAAUGGCUUAAUAGUUAAAGACAUGAAUCCAUUUAAAGGAUCAGUUGUUUGGCAAUAAAUGAAGAGCUAUAUGGCUGACCAACAGAUUAUCAACGAUUGGCUCAAUUGUGGCUCACAUGAAGACAUCGAGUUUGUCACCAAUGAGACACUUAUUGACUCUUUGUUGACAUACUUUGAUGACUUCAAAUGCGAUGAACAGUCAUCGGAAGCCAUUUGUAGCAAACUCUACGCCUAUUAUCGUUCAAAUGGCGAUGACUUACGUGUCUUCAGUUUGGCGUUUAUUCCUCAACUCAUUGGUGUUCAUAUAAUGCAUGCAAACAAUUGGUGGUCAAAUGAGAUGACAAAGUGUGGGGGCGUCGAUGCCAUGCUGUUGGGUGUCUACAACUUGGAAGUGGUCGACAAUGAAGGCCAACUUCGGGCCACAACAUUCCGUGUGAUGUCAUUAUCUAAACCCUCUAUAUAUCACGAGCCGUCACCACAUUCUGCUCCGCAAAAUCAAUCGUCACUAUUGACUGAACAUAAUAUCUUAAAAUUAGAUAAUUUUUGCGGUGAUCUAGAGAUACCAUUGUUUGGACCGUAUCCUGAAAUGGAGGCUAUUGUAGCCAACAAUCGUAUGGAUAUAAUGACUGUCUUAAUGAAAGUUUUUAAUCAAUAUAUUAGUUCUGUAAAUAAGAAGUCAUUAUCAGCGUUAUGUCGGAUGACUUUAAGACUUUUACGUCAGGGAUCUAUCAAUAUAUCAGUGGAUAAAUUGAAUUCAAUUCCGUUGAACGCAUUCUUCACAAGCAAUUCUUCUUUGAUAACAAGAAAUUCCACAAAAAUUCCAUUAAGUUCUCAAUUUUUGGUCGAAAUAACAAAUUCCAUAUAUUAUUGUUUAUUUAACGGAGUGACAGACCUGGCCCUCGAAGUACUCGAUUUCAUACAUAAUAGAGCCGUUAAUUAUUUAUAUACUGAUGUCCUAUUGAUGACAAAUGCAAUAAGAAAUUCUUUGUUACUGAGCUCUGGUCAGCCGUCUGAUGGUCCGAUGGGUAUAAAUAUAGCUCUAUCGCCGACUUCGAGUACCUCAUUAACGGCGACUGGAAUCGCAAAGAUAGCUAUAACUAACGCAUCAUUCAAGACACGCAAACUUCCCGAUGACAUUCCUAUAGUGGCGGCCAAUACUGAUAGUACUACAAAUAUUGGGUCCAAUAAAUUAGGAUCCAUUAAUGAAGAGACAGAUGAUGGUAAAGAAACCAACGAUAAGACAAACAAAUCGCAUCAACAAAAGAGUGUCACCACUACCAGCAAAAAGACUGUUAUUCAGAAGUUAAAGGAAAUUAAAGAUAAGAAAAAAGAUGCGCACAUCACACAAAAGGGCGCCAAAUAUAAGACAGAAAACGGCGAUCUUAUCAGUAAUAAGUUGUUAUCACAUGAGGACAAUGAUUAUGGUUCCGAUACCUCUGGCAUAUCAGAUACUAAGCUUUCGUUUUCCGAAGAAACAAUACCAUUGAAUGUGAUCAACACUAAUAAGACAUAUUUUGACACCAAUGAUGAUGAUGUCAGUGAUGACGCCUCCAGCGGUCAAAGCUCUGAAACCGGAGCCAAAGUGCCUCUCGUUUGUGUCAAUUCUGAUCCAACACUUAACUCAAUCACAUCUAACAAUAAACAUAAUAAUGAAACAUUAAAUGUCUAAUAAUUUAUAGAUUGAUAAUAAUAAUAAUAAUAAUUAUU